AUGGAUAACCUAACCGACUGCACUGGUGCCGGCUUGGACCUCAUUCAGAAUCGCAUUGAGUCUCUGAGCAGUAAGAUGGACAGGCUCAUCAACAUCCAGGAGAAGGUCCUCAAUCGGCUGGACGGAAUAACCCAGGACAUCGAUGGUAUCGAGAGGGACGUGGAAACUCUGAAGGUGGACAACGAGGAGAUCCAUAUACCUGCAAGAGCCCUAACUCUUCCCCUGGCUCAAACCCAGGGUACAGGUGUGGUGGGCGAGGUGAGAGAGAUGUGUCAUGAGAUGAGCUCCAUCAUGCUGGCGUUGGACCAGCGCUCGGAGAAGCAGGCUGAGAAGCUGGACGGGAUGGAGAAUCUGGUCCUCAGCAUCCAGCAGGUCAUCAGAUUCAUCGGGGAGACGGUGAAGAGCUCCCGGGUUAUGGAGAUGAUGUUUAUGCGUCCUGCAGCACGCAAGGCCUCCAAGUCCAAAGACAGUAAGAGCAAGGUGGACGUUAAGAGGCAAUCGUCUGCAGAAAAGAGCGAGAGCUCAGUUACUAAGAAGACCGACAAGUCAAAAGAUCACAAGGGAAAGGAUGGGAAGGAGAAGUCCAGUCUGAGCACAAAAGGUCUGAAAACACAGAAGAAGAAACCCCCAGAUACAGCAGACACCAUCUCUCUGAGGAAGCAGGCGUUGCUGCUAAAGGAGGUUCAGAAGCUCAACAAGGAGAAUGCAGAGAGAUCAUCAUCAGGUCACCAGCAGCAGCUUACCCCUGAUGGCGUCUUGGACCUGGAGGCUGGAUCUGGAAGGGCCUCAGAGGGGUUGGUGUCAUCACAGACUGGGUCCCUCAGCCCGAACCUGCUGGACUUGAUCCUCAAGGGCCCCAAGGCCCCCGUGUCCUCAUUGUCUGAGGAGGAGAGGGAGGCAGCAGGAGAUGGACUAAAAGUGGAGGAGAGGAAGGAGGAAGAGGAGGCCAUAAAGAAGCAAGAGAAGGAAGACCACCUCAGUGAAUCCAAGUUCAAGGAAGAGGAGCGAGAGGAAGAGCUGUUGAAAAUCACAGAGCAGCCUGAGGAGGUUAGAGGAGCAGAGGAGAGAGAGGGGAACAAAAAGUUGGAGGACAGUGCAGGCCCAUCAGAAGCUGCUGAUAUUUGUGAAGUCCACAACAAAAGUGCCUCCUCUCAGUCUCUGGAGGCUGCAGAACAGGACCAGAUGGAAGAGGGCAGCACCAGCAGUAAGCGUCGUGUGACGGAGGAAGACCUGGGAGUGGAGGACCACAAGAAGAGUCGGGUGGAGGGAGGAGCAGGAGAGGAAUAUGUGAGGCAGGGGGAGAAGGAGCAGGGGGAGAGGCAGGAGGAGGAAGAGGACGGAGAAAGACCAGAGGAUGAGGACGAGGGAUGGGGCAUCUUCAAGGCAGACGGGGUGGAUAUCCGUGUGGAACUGAAGGAGAGGAUGGGAAAAGAGAAGAACCCGGAUCAGUCUACAGAAGUCAGGCAGUCUACUGGGGAACAGUUCUUCAUUGAUAAAAGCUCUCCUCCUCCGGCUCCAUUCAACCAUCGAAUAGUGUCAGCCAAACCGAACCAGAUCAGCAACUUCUACACCAUCAACAGAGCAGAGGUUCUCGGAGGGGGUCGUUUUGGCCAGGUGCACAAAUGCAUGGAAAACUCCUCGGGUCUCACCCUGGCUGCCAAGAUCAUCAAAGCCCGGAGUCAGAAAGAGAAGGAGGUGGUGAAGAAUGAGAUCACGGUCAUGAACCAGCUGGACCAUGCCAACCUGAUCCAGCUCUACGCCGCCUACGAGUCCAGGAACGACAUCAUUCUGGUGCUGGAAUAUGUGGAUGGAGGGGAGCUCUUUGACAGGAUCAUCGAUGAGAACUACACUCUGAUGGAGCUGGACACGGUGCUGUUCAUCAGGCAGAUCUGUGAGGGCCUGCAGCACAUGCACAAGAUGUACAUCCUCCAUCUGGACCUCAAGCCAGAGAAUAUUCUAUGUGUGAGCAGAGUCACGAAUAAAAUUAAGAUCAUCGACUUUGGACUUGCCAGAAAAUACAAGCCCAGAGAGAAGUUACGAAUAAAUUUCGGCACCCCAGAGUUCCUGGCCCCAGAAGUUGUCAACUACGACUUUGUGUCAUUCAACACCGACAUGUGGAGCCUGGGAGUCAUUACAUAUAUGCUGCUAAGCGGUCUGUGUCCCUUCCUAGGUGACGAUGACAAUGAGACUUUGAAUAACAUUCUGGCCUGCCAGUGGAACUUUGAGGAGGCAGAAUUUACAGACAUCUCAGAGGAGGCCAAAGACUUCAUCUCCAAACUCCUCAUCAUCAAUAAAAGUUGGAGGAUAGGUGCCUCUGAAGCGUUGAGACAUCCUUGGCUCUCUGACGCAGUCCUCCAUCACCGUCUUCAUGAAAAGAUAGUUGAGCUUUACCGUUCUCCUUUGAAUGACAACACGUGUCCCCCUUAA